GGCAAAACAACAACCUCAACAUCAUCCGAUUGGUACCGCUCUGUCGAGAAAAAGACGAACCGUCACUCGGAACAGUCGAGUCCAAUUAGGCUGCGGUAGCGCCGCAAACCUUUUCGAAGUUAUCUUGCGACGAAUCAACGAACUUAACAGGCCGAAUGUGUGCGUCGCACGCGGGAAUUUUUCAAGUAAUUGCGGUUCAUGCUGUGGCAAAAGCACUCUGACGGCACAUUCAAUAACCGUUGCUGUUAUUUCAUUCUAUCAACAGAGCCAUGAAGCCAAAGAAGCGAACAGCCACGGCGGGCUAGUCGAUAGGGCAAACCCCGAUCCCAGCAAAUGUUUGGGGGUAUUUGGCCUAAGCUUGGAGACCACAGCGCGAGACCUGAGGCACGUGUUUUCACAGUACGGUCGUCUGACUGGUGUCAACGUGGUGUUCCACCAGCGCUCGGGCCGCUCGCGAGGAUAUGCCUUCGUUUACUUUGAGAGACUGGAAGAUUCAAAGGAGGCAAUGGAGAGAGCCAACGGUAUGGAGAUCGACGGGAGGGUAAUCAGAGUAGAUUACUCCAUUACCAAGCGUGCCCACACCCCCACACCUGGAAUUUACAUGGGUAAACAAUCUAUGUAA